GGGCGGCUGGCUCGCGAGUCGGUUCAGCCCGGGCCAGCGCGCGCUGUUGCAUCAGCCGGCAGCACCAGGGCGGCUGCGCGGACCGGGGCGUCGUCGAUUGUCGAGGCUGCCCGGCCGCGUGGCUUGUGCCAGUUGGAUAGUGAGAGUAUUGGGGACGGACGUAUACCCAAGACGGUCUGAAGAUUUCGGAGGAAGAAGGUUUGAGAGGACUACUGAAGUGUUGGACAGUGCUUUGUGAGACCGAGGAGUGAAGAGUGUUGUGAGACUCCAUAUCGGUGAUCCUUGAAGGCAUCGAUAGACCUUGCUGAUCAAACUUGUGACUGUGUGGCUGUAGAAAAGACAUCUCAGCCCCGUGAGAGAGCCCCCGAAGCCGUGGUCGCAACUCCCUGAGGUCUCUGAGGUCGCGCAGAGCUCUCUGAGGUCGCUGAGGGGCGGCACGGACAUGUGCCCAAUCUGUGGCCGGCAGCAGUCUGCACUGACUGCCGAAAUGGAGGGCGUCCUCGACCCCCAGGGCCUGGAGCAGGCUCUGGAGCAGCUCGAUCUCGGACCCAGCCUGUCGUUUGAUAUGCUGUUCGUCGACGAGACGGUCCCGUAUGUGCUGGAAAGACGUGUCGACAAAUCAAUCCAGUCUGCUGUAACCUCUCACCUGCUGGGCUCAGUACACGCCGGUGGUAUUGUCGACCCCCGGCGAGAGGCUGGCGAUCGUAAUGAAGAGCCACCUUGCAAGAGGCUAGAGGGGGAACGCUUUGCCGAGGGUCGCGCGGCUAGCUUUGAGAGUCUGGGUCGGACGCAUCACACGUCGUCAAGGCGGUCCUCGCACCAGCCGUGGCCAGCCGCACCUCUUCAAGACUGCGUGCGACGCGCCACCAACCACGAUGACGUCACGACCAAUGAGCGCGAGCCGGCGGCUGUCACGUGGCCGCCCUCGGUCGAGACGGAGCCAAUCACCGUGCCCAGCUCGGAGCGGUCACAGGGGUACGACCUGCCGACGCCGUGGUCGCCCGUCUACACGGACGAGGUCAUUGACGAGUCGUCCCCCACCUCCAGUAGCGGCAGCGACUGCGCCGACACGCCGCCGGCCAUCAUGCAACAGAUCAUGUGUCGUCACGAGCAGCAGCGCGAGUCAGAGCGGCUGGCCACGUUCCCCCGCUCCAGGGAUAAGGCGGUGCGACCGUCGAGGGAAGUUCGCCGCCGACGCCACAGCCGUGGAGAUGGAAAGGACUCCUCUGUGAGCAGCAGUCAGCCGGAGGACGCCGAGGAGGAGUUUGAGGAGGAGGAGGAGCUCUCCGACUCGGAGGCAAUUCCUCCGCUGGACCUGGAUAGCAUGGCCGGAUCGGAGCCCAUCCCCAGCUCUGUGCUGAAGGGCAGGCAGCUGACUGAGGACGAGGCCAUUCUCUCCCCUCGCAAUUCGUUCGUUCUGCCGGAUGCCGAGUUCACGGAGCAGCAGGCCAAGCUGUGCUCGCGCUUCAACGAGCGCCUGCCGGCCUCACCCGGGGCCUCGAGCCCCUCUGAGCCGCGCUCCCAUCAGCUGCGUCAGACCAUAGCCAGUGCCAAGAGGAAAAUCCGCGCUUACGAGGAGUCCUUCGAGCGUCGCUUCGGCUACCGGCCUUCGCACGCCGACAGAGCCAAAGACCGCGAGGUCAAGCGCUGUCUCUCUGAGCUGAGCAAGGCCAGACGCGACCUGAAGGCUCUGAAGCAGGAUCCCACGCCGACCCCCGCCAGGCCGGUGGAGCGGGUCGAUACAACGCUCGCCGGAAAGGAGAACCGCUCGCCGCCCGAGGGCGAGGGAGAGGGAGAGGUCGAGCGGACUCUGCAGCAGACUGUGGCCGAUGUAACCAGGCGCCUGACGGAGAAGCGCGAGACUGCUGGCCGUCCCACCGAGCCCGACCGCAUGUCCCGCGAGCAAGUUCUGGCUGAGAAGCUGGCCCUGCAGAAGGCGCUGCUGUGCCUCGAGGAGCGUCACGGCCGGCCCGCUCACAAACGGGACAGGGACAUGGUGCGGCCGCUGUACGAGAGAUACCGGCUCGUGAAGAGGCUGGCCAUCAAGUCUGGAUCGCCGAAGCUGCGCGACUCGAUUGGCGAGCUCACCCCGAUUCUGGAGCACGAGACCAUGAGCUUCACGGCCGCCGACCGGCCCGCCAUCUGUGAGCGCGACGACGAACUAGAGCCUAGCGGCGGCCGGUCGCCAGGCGGCGUCACCGAUCGCCUGCAGCUGGACGACAACCUUCACAACCUGCCUGUCUCAGAGCUCCGCAACCUGCUCGGAAAGGCAAAGGAGGACAAGCGGAGGAUCCGAGGACUGCUGCUCGUGUUCGAGGAAGACUUCCGCUCCAAUGUUGGCCGGAAGGUUCAGAAGGACGACCGGGGCGAGAUGGACGACAUGUAUUCCGAAUACAAACAGGCCAAAGCCAAAGUCAAGCUACUCGAAGUUCUGGUGGCCAAGCACCGUUCCCGAGCCUACACCAUGUGAACUGAUAGACCGGACGCUUUGGUGGCAGUGGAGCGGCUGCUUGUGCUGCCAUCUAUUGACACCCAUGACGAACUAAACUGUGGACAUCUAGCGGCGAGCUGACGAACUGAAGCUGUAUUGUAUGGCGCCAGAUGGAACUGAGUGUGGGCGGAAGAGUGGGCCACUGCUAUCGACAAGAGCUGUACAUAUAUAUUUGAGCUGUGAGCUCGCAGAGCUGUGAUUGUGAGGGCCCGAGGGUGGGCGAUGCAAUUGUUGUUCAGCGUUUCAGGGGAUCGAGGCUUAUCGGCUCUACUCGAAUGUUGGCGUCUCGUUGGACCUUAUGAUCGCGGCGCUGUUUUGGACGUUGCGAGCGUCGCUGUUGUGCUUGGUAGACGGAACGAAGAGCAGCUGUUAUGUAUCGGCAAAGUGUGCCGUAUGUCUAGUGGUGUAUGCGUAUUAUUUAUUACAUACGGACGCUCCCAAACCAGUGGGAAUAUGGCGGGCCAGCGGCACCGGCCACUGAAAACAAAUAUCGCGACAAAUAUACGCAGAGUUGUCGUAGAUAA